AUGUCUUUCGACACUAAUAUGAGGUUUAAAUUUUCCAUAUUGGCUAUUGUACUUCAGAUAAUCCUAAUAAUUUUAUUUGGGAUAUUUGUGCGAUAUAAAACCGAGGACCAUUCAUCAUCUCACAAUGUCACCCAAAGUGAUGACACCUUCAUUGAUCUAUAUCCAUUUUUCCAAGAUGUCCAUGUGAUGAUCUUUGUUGGCUUCGGCUUCUUGAUGACAUUUUUGAAAAGAUAUGGCUUCAGCAGUGUUGGGAUCAACUUGCUCAUUGCAGCCUUUGGUCUCCAGUGGGGAACUUUGAUGCAAGGCUUAUGGCACUUACAUGAUGGAAAAAUUGAGAUUGACAUCAAAAGCAUGAUCAAUGCCGACUUCAGCACAGCAACUGUUUUGAUUUCCUUUGGAGCCGUUCUGGGGAAAACAAGUCCUCUUCAGAUGUUAAUAAUGGCCGUGCUAGAAAUCUUCAUCUUCGCAUGUAAUGAGCAUCUUGUUGGAUUUCUAGGUGCCACCGAUAUUGGGGCAUCCAUGACCAUCCACACUUUUGGAGCUUACUUUGGUUUGGCUGCAUCAGCAGUCCUGUAUCGCCCUGGUCUGAAGAAGGGCCAUGAUAACGAAGGAUCGGUCUACCACUCAGACCUGUUUGCCAUGAUUGGGACUCUAUUUUUGUGGAUGUUCUGGCCAAGUUUCAAUUCGGCCAUUGCCAACCAUGGAGCAGAGCAGGAAAUGGCCAUAAUUAACACAUACUUCUCAUUGGCUGCCUGUGUACUGACUGCCUAUGCCUUCUCCAGCUUGGUGGAACACAAAGGAAAGUUUGAUAUGGUCCACAUUCAGAAUGCCACCUUGGCUGGAGGAGUUGCUGUGGGCACAUGUGCUGAUAUGAAUAUUGGACCAUUUGGGGCAAUGAUAAUUGGUUUAAUUGCUGGCAUCAUUUCCACAUUGGGCUUCAAGUUCUUAAUGCCAAUUGUCGCUUCCAAGCUGAGAAUCCAAGACACUUGUGGUGUGCACAAUUUGCAUGGCUUGCCGGGUAUUCUGGGAGGUAUCGCUGCUGUUGUUGCCACUGCACUGGGAGCCAAACCUGGGUUUACUCCACUCCUGCAAGGAGCCGCUUUGGCUGCAACAUUUGGCAUCUCUGUGGUUGGAGGUGUUAUUACAGGGUUUAUACUGAAAAUACCUUUCUGGGGACAGCCACCUGACCAGAGCUGCUAUGAUGACACAGUUUACUGGGAAGUUCCCUUAGAGGAAGAAGAACAUGACAACCAAUAUCAAGGAGAACAUGGGAAGAUCAAAAUGGAGGCAUAG